AUGACCCGCAGCAAAACUGCCAUCUCUUCCACCUCCAACAGUACCCCGAUCUCCCUCCCCGCAACCGCCCUCCCAGCACCGUCGACCUUCACCGACAACCUGCCCCUUCCCACCCUGAUCGUCUUCGAUCUUGACUACACUUUGUGGCCCUUCUGGGUAGACACCCACGUCUCCCCACCCCUAAAAUCCAACCCCGCCGACUCCCACCGCAGCGUCCGCGACUCCUACGGCGGCACCUACGGCUUCUACAACGACGUAGCCGGCCUCCUAGCCGCGCUCAAAAAGCGAGGAAUCCAAGUCGGCUGCGCAAGCCGGACAUGCACGCCCGAUUUGGCUCGCAAGAUGCUUACACUACUACAUCUCCCCGCCUCUGCGACGGAGGAUGGGUCGGAAAGUGAAGAGAGGAAGGCGAUCAGCGCGUUUGAUUAUCUGGAAGCGUAUCCGGGAAGCAAGACGAGUCAUUUCCAGAAGAUACAUAAGGCGAGUAAGGUCCCUUAUGAGGAGAUGCUGUUCUUCGAUGAUGAGUCGCGGAACCGGGAUGUUGAGAAGUUGGGGGUGACGAUGCAGUUGGUGAGGGAUGGGGUUACUGUUGCCGAGAUGGAUAAGGGGGUUAAGUUGUGGCGGGAGAGGAAUGCUAAGAGGUUGGAGGGGGUCAAGAGGGAAGGCUGA